UGCCAUACUGUCAUACUGAUACUAUCUUAAAUCGUGCUUAGUAUCAUGACUAAAUAGAUUUAUUGAAAUAUUUUACUAAAUAGAUUUGUCAUGCUUAGUAUGAUGUAUCAUGUAUUCAUGUAUGAUCACAGAAUAUGUUAAAGCGUAAUUAAACUAAAAAUAUUGUGGUAWAAUUGUUUAAUUAUUAGAAUAUUUUAUUAUUUGUUAGUAAUAAAAAAUAAUUUAUCAUUACUGUUUGAUUAAACAUUUCAAAAACACAAUUUUUAUCAUGAAACACAAUGGCAAUUAUAAAGGUCUGCCAGAAGGAAUAAAAAAACAACAGGUGAAAAAAUUGAAUGUGCAUAUUCCAACCAAGAAAAGCAAAAGUGAGACUCAGUCCUGCACCAUCGAUAAGCUAAGAAAUGACCCUAAGAAUUCUAAUCCAGACAACAGCAGUGACAAAAUKUUUCCAUCCUCUUGUGAUGUAAGGAAACUUCCAGUCAAUAAAAACAGUGAAAGCUCAAGUACAGAUAGUGGUAAGGGUAACAUCAAAGACAGCAAUGUAUCAACACCCACUAUCAAAAGCGAUGACAUAGAAAAUGCUAAGAAAGUAUCAGCGUUUAUCAAAAAAAUAUUACACAAUAACCUACCUAAAGAGAUGACAGAAUGGCCAUUAUGUUUAUUGAUUGAAUCCAAACAGUCGAUCAAAAUUUCACAACAAGAGUUUCAAAACAUGGUCGUUAAAAAAUCUGCUGAAAUCAUGGCCACCAAAUCACAUUAUUCAAAACAAAUGAUUCACAUAGAAGUUUGUAAGGAACAGCAGCGCUCAUAUUAUAAAAAAUACAAACAAUUAAUAAACUAUAUAAAUUCAAUGAAUGACGAACUGAUUCUCUUGAAUAGAGAGCCUAGCAAUGUUGUUAAACAUGUUAGAAAUGUUGGAACAUAUGUCAAUAUGYCCAAAGACAAUGAUCACGCCAAAAAAAUAUUUUAGUGUUCACCGCCAGUACCUAGCUAAGAAACCGUUGAUUAUAUAACUUGUAAUCAGUUCAUUUUUAUAACAUUUUAUUUAUUAUUAUUAAUUAUAUUGCUCUAUGUCUAAGGUAUUUCAUGUCCUUAUAAAACAAAAAUAAUUCAUCAUUUUUGUAACAAAGCUGCCWCUUAUAAAUAAAUAUUUUUUAUACUUUGUUUACCUAUA